UGUAUGAUUAUUGUUAUGUAAAAUAAAGGUUCAAUCAAUAUUCAUUAAUAAUAUUUUAUAUAGAAAUUUCUUUAAUUUUAUUGAAUUUCAAUAUUUAUAUUUCAAAUUAUACAAAGUUUUUAAAAGAUCGUAAUAAUGGAAACUACUCAAACUUUGUAUCUUAACCUCUUUGGUGAAGAUAAAAUACCCGUUUUAAAAGAAUUAUUGCAUGCUUGCGUGGAUGAAAUAUGUGGUAGACCAGGUCCAACCUAUCAUAAGUUUGUAAAUAGAAUGGAUUGGAGUAAGGAAGAAUACGAAGAAACAUAUAAGUUAAUAUUGAAUCUCCUAAGAAAUCCAGCAUCAUUGUACGUAACAGAGGAAAAGAUGCCACAAGAGUAUCAUGAAUUACCAGAACAUAUCCAACAAAAUAUAUUAUUGUGUUUAAAAUUGAGAAGAGAACAAUUAACAGAUGCUCUAUUGAAAGAAUGUUCCAAAGAAAAAUACGAGACUGUAAUUGAUUUUGAUUGGAAAUUAAAGCUUGUAAUGGGUUCCAGUAAAUUAGCUUCAUUGAGAGAACCUCUUCUUCAAUUAGAUCUCAUGCUUGAAAGUAAAAAUUCAAAACGUAUUUUAGAUAUGGAAUUAAAUAAGGAUGAAUUGGAUACGUUUAUAAGUACUAUGGAAAGUAUCGUUCAAUAACGUGAAUAAUGCAUAAAUAAUUAUAUAAUUAAGAUUUUUUUACAAUUGAUGCAAGUUUAAUUGUAAAUUUUUCGAGAUGGAAUAAAAACACACCAUGUUA